UUUGUGUAGCUCCGGUUUCUGCAUGUGUCCGUUUUCCUGUCACAGUCUUAUUGUAACUAACUGAAACUUGUAUAGUUUUUAUAAACAUACGUUUUGGUGCUUGCUCCUUAUUUGUGCUGGGUAGCGGAGAUGGCUGAGGAGGAGUGCAGCUUGAAGGUGCUGCUCGAAGAGAAAGACAGAGAGAUAGCAGCUCUGAAGUGUAAAUUAGCUCAACUUGAAAAGAGCCAUGCCCCAGCACUUGAACUGCAUGGCAAAGUGACCCCCCUGACCCCCCUAAGGGCCAAACCAGCUCUCAGCAAUGAGGACAUCAUGAGGUACAGCAGACAGCUCCUCCUGCCUGAGCUGGGUGUCAAAGGUCAGCUGAACUUGUCCAAGACAUCAGUUCUGGUAGUGGGCUGUGGAGGACUGGGUUGUCCCCUGGCACAGUAUCUUGCAGCAGCAGGCAUUGGACGCCUGGGCCUGCUGGAUUAUGAUGAGGUGGAGCUCAGUAACCUCCACAGACAGGUGCUUCAUGGAGAGGAGAACCAAGGCCAUGCCAAGGCUCUGUCUGCUGCCAGUGCAGUCAGAAGGUUGAACUCAACAGUAGAAUGUAUUCCCUACCACCUACAGCUCUCACCAGAGAACGCCUUGCAACUCAUUCAACAAUAUGACAUCGUGGCUGAUUGUUCAGACAAUGUCCCCACACGUUAUCUGGUAAAUGAUGCUUGUGUGCUCAGUGGUAAGCCUCUGGUGUCGGCUAGUGCCCUGAGAAUGGAGGGACAGUUGACAGUAUAUAACUACCGUGGAGGCCCUUGCUACAGAUGCCUGUACCCACUCCCCCCACCUCCGGAGACAGUCACCAAUUGUUCAGAUGGAGGGGUGUUAGGAGUGGUUCCAGGGAUAAUGGGCUGUUUGCAGGCUUUGGAAGUCCUCAAGAUUGCGUCUGGACAAGGAUCUUCUUGUGGCCAGCAGCUGGUGAUGUUUGAUGGUCUUGGUGCCAAAUUCAGGUCCAUCAGGCUUCGCCCCAAGCAGGCUGACUGUGCAGUAUGUGGAGAGAACCCCAGUGUGACCCGACUGGUGGACUAUGAGACCUUCUGUGGGUCCGCUGCAACAGAUAAGUGCCGAAAACUCAACCUCCUCUCCAGAGAUCAGAGGAUCACAGUAAAGGAUUAUAAAUCAAUAUUGGACAACUCAGAUCCCCAUCUCUUGUUGGAUGUACGCCCUCUUGUGGAAGUGGAUAUAUGCCAUUUACCCUUCUCUCUCAACAUUCCCCUCUCAAAUUUAGAGGAGAGGAAGAGUGAACAGAUCCAGUUACUUCAGGAGAAAAUCAGCCAGUUGAAACAGCAGACGGCAGGUGACUGCAGGCCUCCAGUGUUUGUCAUCUGUAAACUGGGUAAUGACUCUCAGAAAGCGGUGCAGGUUUUGGAGAAGAUGAGUGGAUCAGAGGUGGACAGCAUCACAGUGAAGGACAUUAGCGGAGGCCUCAUGGCUUGGGCACAGACAGUUGACCCAACGUUUCCACAGUAUUAAUACUUUCAUGUUUUUUUUUUUUUUUAAAUAAAUAAACUGUAUUUUAUGCUCUGA